UUGGAAAGUCAAAGUCGCCGUACGGAAAUGAAAAAUGCAAAUGACAAGGAAAUUGUGGUGUUAAUUUCCAAAUCCAAGAAUUUUCUAAUCAGUCGGAAAAUUAAAAGGUAAAACGUCCCUUCCUCCCUAUUUCAUCUCCUAAUUAAACCAAAAGAAUUUUUUAUAAUCAAUGGCGUCCUUCAUCUCAUAAGUAAACGAAAAUUAUACCAUUUCCCCUAAAAUCCUACCUCAAAUCUGGGCUUUCUCCCCAUUUCCUGAUCCGAUCUCCUCAAAUCGGAUCUCACCACCCCCAUCACCGCCGUCUCAACCAUGGCGCUCCACCACUCCGCCACCCUCACCUUCCUCAUCUUCGUAGCCCUUUUUUCUCUCUCCACCGCAGAAAUCCGCACCACCAAGGUCAAAUCCGACAACCGCCCAAUCAUCCCCAUCGACGAAUUCGGGUUCACUCACACUGGCCGCCUCGAACUUAACGUCAGCGGAAUCACCCUCUCCACCCGCAACAAGCUCGACCUUUCCAAACUCGGCUUCUUCCUCUGCACUCGCGAUUCAUGGCUCCACGUCCUUGAACAGCUCGAAGAAUCCGAAAUCUCCUGCGCCCUCGAUUCCCACCUCGUCAAAAAGGUCUACACCUUCAAUUCUCUCCCCACCACCGAUCCUGACUCAUUCGGAUCCCUCUACGUUGAAACCGAUUCCGAUCAAUACACCCUCGUUUUCGCAAACUGUUACCCGGAAAAUGUCCAGAUAUCCAUGAACAUCCGGUCCGCAAUGUACAAUCUCGACGGCAAGACCCGAACACGCGAUUACCUCUCCGCAGGUCGGACUAUCCUGCCCCGAAUCUUCUACUUCUUCUCCUUCAUCUACUUCGGUAUUGCAGUGUUCUGGACCUAUGUUCUGUAUAAGAAGCGAUUAACAGUUUUCGGAAUUCAUUUCUUUAUGCUUGGUGUUGUGAUCAUGAAAGCGUUGAAUCUUCUCUGUGAAGCUGAGGAUAAAUCUUACAUUAAGCGAACAGGGAGCGCGCAUGGGUGGGAUGUGUUGUUCUACAUCUUCAGUUUUUUGAAAGGGAUUACUCUUUUUACCCUAAUUGUUUUGAUUGGAACUGGGUGGUCGUUUUUGAAACCCUAUUUGCAGGACCGUGAGAAGAAGGUUCUCAUGAUUGUGAUUCCAUUACAAGUGGUAGCCAACAUUGCGCAGGUUGUGAUUGAUGAGACAAGCCCCUUCAAUCAAGAUUGGGUUACCUGGAAACAGGUGUUCUUGUUGGUUGAUGUGAUUUGUUGUUGUGCCGUUCUGUUUCCGAUUGUUUGGUCGAUUAAGAAUCUCCGGGAGGCGGCGAGAACAGAUGGGAAGGCAGCUGUGAAUCUUAUGAAGUUGACCUUGUUUAGGCAUUACUACAUUGUGGUUAUCUGCUAUAUUUACUUCACUAGGGUGGUGGUUUAUGCACUUGAAACUAUCACCUCUUAUAGGUAUUUGUGGACUAGUGUUGUGGCGGCAGAGUUGGCUACACUUGCGUUUUAUGUGUUUACUGGGUAUAAGUUUAAGCCUGAGGCUCAUAAUCCUUACUUUGCGAUUGAUGAUGACGAAGAGGAAGCUGCUGUUGAGCAAUUGAAGCUUGAGGAUGAGUUUGAACUCUGAUGGAUUCGUCAUUCGUGUCAUAGUUGUAAACAUGUUUGCAUUGAUAGUACAAGGUAUAGUGAUCCAAUUUGAUUGCUGUUUGUUAAGCUAGACUUGGUUACUGAUGUGAAUUUUUGUUCCUUCAGUGUAGAUGAACGUAAAGCAUAGUGAUUUGUCCCCCAAUCCCCCUUAUGAUAGAAUAUGUUUAGGUAUCAGUCAUUGUCCAUUCAUGUGGUUUUGGACGCUUGUUAAUUUGCUUUGAUUAGCUUAAAGGUUACUAUUUUACAUAAAUGUUAUAAGCACACCGUGAA